UUAAUUAAAGUUAUUAUUCAUAACAUGCACUUUUAUCAAGUGAUCCGUUAUAGGUUGAUCGAUCGAUGCUCUAGUCCUAUCGAUGCUUCAUCUGGCACUUUUACAUAUUUUUCAAUUAUUUCUUUCGCUAUAGCGAACAAGGUUGAGCUCGCGCCAGCAGAGUUCAGCAAAAUAAGUCCACGGCGCUGAGGGAAACAAACACGACAAUUGCUCGUCUGUUCCCAUGUUUUAGAAAAAAUCUUUCAGCAAAUCACACAAAGAGUGAAACCAAACAACCAUUCCGAAUUCUUUUUUCGUGCAAUCAAUAUUGUCGCGCCGACUGUUCUUAACGAGCUCUCCCCUGGAGAUAGUGGGUGGGGCGGGGGGUGGUUAAAAAAAAAAAAGACAGCUGGCCCACCCAAAAUGGCGUCGGUGGCAGACAUCGCCUGCUUUUCGGCUAGCUUGCUAGAGUUUUGCUGAAUGUGCCAAAGAAAGGCAUGGAAGCUUGCUGAUUUUUGUUUUUACUCCUAGUUUAGACCAGAGUUGUGAACUUUUGUUGCAGUUAAUGAUGGUUAAUGUGUCUGGAAGACUUAAAUCAGAAGUUACAAACUGUUUGACAAGUACACAUUCAAGCAAACUUGUCUCCUGGUCGACGACACAUUAGCUUCAGCCUGGUUGCCCGAAUUGAAGUCGUCAGUCUGCUUCGCCGCAUCUCCAACAGCAGUUUUUGGGACAGAAGAAGGUUUCAUGAUGUCACGCAUUUCAGGUUCGUGUGCCUCCAGAAUUUUCAGCUUGGAUUAGCAGUGGCCUAAUCGUGUGUGUUGACAACUGGGACAUUAAUGGUUCGCCCACCUGCCUCACGAGGGAUGGUCGGUCAGUGGAUAGGCUUAUGCUGGCGAUUAGUGUAGGCGCUUCUGUUCGGACUAUGAAAACUAUGAUAGACGUCAUUUUUCACACCCACUACUAGUGAGUAAGUUACCGCGGCAAUGACUUUCUUUUUAAUUGAUAAGGUGCAAGAACAGUUUCAUGUGACAAUGGAUAAAACUGAGUAACACGUGAUGACUUCAGUUAUGUUGUAGUACUUCAUUGUGUACGUAACAGGAUCUUGUACUGCUAAAAUAUAUAUUGAAAAAUAGCUCUUUUGUCAGAACUGGUGCGUUUCUUUAAACAAUGAAGGAAUAUAAAGUGGUUGUCUUGGGCAGUGGAGGUGUUGGUAAAAGUGCCCUGACAGUAAAGUUUGUGUCAGGGACAUUUAUGGAGAAAUAUGAUCCCACAAUAGAGGAUUUCUACCGAAAAGAGAUUGAGGUGGACAGUGCACCAUCUGUGUUGGAAAUCCUAGACACAGCAGGUACAGAACAGUUUGCAUCAAUGAGGGACCUGUAUAUAAAAAAUGGACAGGGUUUUGUGAUAGUCUACAGCAUUACCAGUCGCCAGACAUUCCAAGACAUCAGUUCCAUGCGGGAUCAGAUCCAAAGGGUCAAGGGAGUCGACAGAAUACCCAUGAUCCUUGUUGGAAAUAAAGCAGACUUGGAGCAUCAGCGAGAAGUACCUCCAGUGGAAGGGGCAGCAUUGGCUCAGGAAUGGGGGUGCCCAUACUUGGAGACUUCAGCCAAAAGCACACAGAAUGUGAAUGAACUGUUCAUAGAAAUAGUUCGAGAAAUGAACAGCUCACCAGUGAAGGAGGUUACUGGAUGCUGCAGUAUUCUUUAAAACUACUAUUCUUCAUAAGAAAUCUGGGGAUGUGAAGAAGCUGUGGAAAUUACUCUGGAAAAGCAGUCGUGAGACCUACUGCCAUCGUCGUCAUCAUCAUCAUCAAUUACUGCUGGGUCAGCUGACUUAAUCACUGCAGUGGUCAUGCUUGUGUGUCUAGUGUGAUCAUGCAGAACCACACACAUAGUGCAUUGGCAGUAGAUGAUGACAAUUUCUUCUUAUUUUUCUUCCUAAUAAUGUGCUGCUAGAUAUAUAUAUAUCAAGCAUCAUUAUAUUUGCUAUUUAAAGAAAAAGUGUAAUCCACCUUCACUGUGUUAGAAAGAGGAGGGAGAGAAAUGACAUCCCCUGCUGUCUAUUAAGUUAUUUGUCUUAAGCUUUCUACUUGGAUAUUGUGACCUUUGACAUCAUACCAAGAUCUCAGCCUUCAAGCCUUGAUGUGACCUCUUUAUUCCUUCAUGAAGCAUGCAAAAUGUCUCCUAGUCUACACCAUGGAAUGGUGAUGGGCAGUAUGGUUGCCAGUUGUGGGGAGGGAUGGGGUUUGUGGAGAUAGUUGGCUUCUAAGGUGACAACAUGCAGAGGCAUUUUGUAGUGGGUAAAGGGUGGUUCUUUUAGAUAUACUUUCAAGUGGAGAAGAACACUUACAGAGAGAGAAUUUGUGUGCCUAGGAGAGAGAGUGCAUGUGUGCAGUUCAUGGUCAUGUGUGUGCUUGCAUCAACAUGUGCAUGUGAAUUUGUGUAUACAUCUGCAAUAAUGUAGAUAGGAUUGUAAGUACCAUGGUAGAUGAUAGGAGCUAGUCAUGAUUUUCUGUGCACUUCUAAAUUUGAUUCAGAUUGUCCAUAAUUCUUGUAGAGAAAUCUGCUCACAAAAGGGUCAUGGUGGAUACCCAGGUUAAUUUUAAGCUUGUAUUGGUCAUUAAUCUAAAGAGAAUCUUUUUUUAGUGCUCUGUUUCUGUAGUGUCUACGAUAAUGUGGAAAUUUAUGGGCGGAAAGUGGUCGGUAAAAUGCUUCAUUUUGCUGUGAGUUCAGAAAUUUACCUGAGAAUUUGGCUUGCCAUUACCAGUGUGUCCUAUUCUUUUUCAAAUCAAGAUAAUUCAUGUAAAAGCUGUCCUUACUUAGAGAUCCAGUAAAGCAGAAAAUUAUUUAGUAACAAAAAUGUAAUGAAAUGUAUUAGCAAUGUCAAAAAAUAAGAUCACUGACAUAGACUAUAGCGAUUUUUUUCUCACUUUUAUCUGUUUUCACAUUUGUGCAUAUUUGUAUGAUUGAUUACUUGAAUAUUUGUAAAAGAAUGCGUCAGUGUUGGAGAGUUGGGGUGAGCGCGCAUGAAUUAAUGUUUUCAUGCAGUUGCAGUAUUGCAUGUGCAUGUAUACAUACCUAAUACAUAUAUAUUUGCAUUUUGGUGCUUAAAAUAAAUACUGUACAGGUGAUGCAGAGAAUUUGUGGCUUGCCUGCCUGGAAGAAAAAUCAAAAUAUUUUCAGGCUGUACAAUAUGUAUUUGUAUGUCUGUACAACUGAUAAAACUUGGUUGACAUGGUUUGAAGAUAAGGAAAUUCCUAUUUUCAUGGAUUGCACGUAUACCAAAGCCUGCUAUUGUUUGUGCUGUCUUAUUGUUGACAUGCAGUUAUUUGCUGUGAUGGGUGGAAAGGUUCUUUCUUGCAUGAGGCAUUUGUAUAACUGACCAGGUGAGAAUUUGCUGCACUGACCAGGUGAGAGAAGCUGCAUGCUAUGGCCCUGCUCUCUUUGUUCUCAUGUCAGAUAAGAGAAGAUGAGGUUUGUUUCCAAACCCCAAACAGCCCCUUAGCUGUAGUCCUGUUAGCUAGCUCUGCUUCACCAAACAUGUUUCCUGCAGACCUCUCACAGCAGAGUUUGCCUAUUGGCUUGUAACCAGCAUUACUUCUUUCUCUAUUUAUUUGGUCUUUGCACAUUAAUGUUAACAGUUACAGAUGUUUACCAUUUAAUAUAAUAUAAAGUACCUUUAAAGUAUUGGAAUAAAUAGCAAAAUGAAAGGAUUAGGUUGGGUUGUUGCCAUGGCAUAUAUGUAUUUCCACUGGGUUUGUUGGAUAUGUCCAGUCCAGUCAUAGUAGAGACUGGAGCUAGUGGCAGGGACGACAAGAUAUAAAGCUAAGCUAGGUACUAUAUUUUGUGCCAUGGCAUGGAAGUAGUGGCAAGGUAGACACAAGAUGUUGAAGUAAGCUAGGUACUGUAAUUCGUACCAUGGUAUGAGCAGCUUGAUGGGUUUUAUUAAAUGUCAUUUGACACUUUUCACUUUUGUUUUAAAUUUAUAAGCUUGAAGAUCAGUUUAUAAAGGUUAAAUUAUUUCUGCAGACAAUUUUGUGCAAGCUUUGUUGUGUGCAAGGCUGGGGAAAGAGAGCCAUCAAGUGCAAAACAGUGCAUUGUUAACUCAGCAGAUGUGAGGUGAGAGGACUUCCAGAUGUGGAUUGUGAAUAAUGUUGGAUGUAGAUGAAAGUA